UCUAAUGCAUUUCCGGUUUCCAGUCCUUAACAGUGAGAGCCUUGCUCAGUUUGGUGGGUGGCCUUUUUCUUUAUAAGGAGUGGAGACUUGGGUUGCUAUGGUAGACCAGUGGAGCCCACACCAAUCAGGGGAGCAAGAUGGAUUUCCAUGUGUACCCCCGGGGCUACCUGAUCACUCUCCUCCUCUUCCUUUUUCAUUCAGAAACAGCAUCUUUCCCCUUUAAGAAAAUGACCAGCAAAAAGCAAGCCUACAGAAUCUGGGAUAUUUACCAGAAGACUUUCUACCUGAGGAACAACCAGCUCGUGGCUGGCUACUUGCAAGGCAUGAAUACUAAGCUAGAAGAGAAGAUUGACAUGGUUUCCAUUGAGCCUCAUUCUGUACUCUUGGGGAUCCAUGAUGGGAGCCUGUGCCUGUCCUGUGUCAAAUCUGGUAAUACGGCUCAGCUCCAGUUGGAGGCAGUGAACAUCACAGAGCUGGACAAGGAUAGAGAUAAGUCCAAACGUUUCACUUUUAUCAAGUCUGAAAAUGGCGCCACUUGCAGCUUUGAGUCUGCUGCCUGCCCCGGCUGGUUCCUCUGCACCCAGGCAGAGGCCGACAGGCCAGUCAGCCUUUCCAACACUCAAACAGAGGCCUUCAUCACCAAAUUCUACUUCCAAAAGGAAUAACCCCAAGAGGACCGCCUCCCCCCACCCCGUAACAUCUCCAUUCCUUGCUGGCCUUCCCCUUCCCUCACCCCUGUGCCUGGAAAUCCCCAUCUUUAUCCACUGCUGUCUCUCUCGAAGUGACAGUGCCACAGUGGGUACUGUUGUCUCCAAGCCAGCACAUUGAGGAAUGAGCUCUGGACUGGAAAUCAGGAGACUUGGGUCCCUGCCUUGCAACUCUUUACUUACGUGACCUUGGACAGGUCACUUCACUUUUCUAAAUCUCUGUUUCACCAUCUGGAAAAUGGCAAGGCUGGGGAACAUGACCUCUGAGAUCUCUUGGAGCUCCAAAGUUAAUCCAAUUCUAAGUCCAGCUAGCAAUGUGUUGCCUAAUUUUCCUUUCUCUGGGUGUCAAGGUCUCCAUGGGUCCCUCGGGGAAAGCAAGCCUGCCCCACUAAGGAAUAGGCCCAGGGGAACUGUAGGAGAUGCUAGAGGUUCCGAUUUGUGAACUGAGUGUUGUUUUCUUCUAUGUCUUGUGACCACUAUACUACAUCAUGUUUCAAUAAAGCCUUGAAAAGUCA